AUGAUUUUGAAUGAUUGUGAUAUUAUUUUGGAUUAUGAAAAAUAUUUUGGUUCGAGUGGUGAUAAUGUUCAAUGUGAUCAAAGGUAUUACACAACUAAUCCAUUAACAACUCCAUUUCAUGUUAAAUAUAAAAAGGAAAAUGAAUUUUCAUCAAAACUUUUAGUGUUGAUGAUCAUGCCAUCAAAAGGUGUAUCCGAUAUUUAUGUACAUAAAAGUGAACAAGUAAUUACCAGUGACAUUUAUUUAAAUGAAUGUAUUAAUAAAACAUUAUUACUAUUUAUUGAAGAACACCAUAAAAAUGAUGAUUACAUUCUUUCACCGGAUAAAGCCAGUGCAUAUUAUACGGGGAUUGUCCUCGAUCAAUUAAAAGAAAAAAGUAUAACAAUUGUGUCUAAGUUGAAUAAUCCGUAA